CAAUGAACCAGGCCAAUGGAUUCAAGUUGAUUUUGAGGAGCCUACUCUUAUAUCAGGAGUUGUGACCCAGGGUAGAGAAGACCAACCCCAAUGGGUACAAUCAUUCAUUGUACUGAUUAGUGAAGAUGGCGUCAAUUUUACUCCAUACACUGAUAACCCAGGAGAACCGCCUAAGAUAUUCCCAGGAAACACAGACCAAAAUACACUAGUUAAGAACCCAUUUAAUCGCAAUAUCAUCGCCCAAGUUAUCCGUAUUCAGCCUCUUACAUGGGAAGACACCAUUGCCAUUAGGUUCAAUGUACUUGGUUGUGCGGAAAAAACAACACCCUUACCUGGAACAACCGGAACUGGAACUCCAGGAACUGGGACCCCAGGUACUGGAAAACCAACCACUGGACAACCACCAAGUGGUACUCCACCGACUGAAGGAACU